AGAAGUAGAAGAAGCUGUUUGCUUUCCGAGAAAGUGAGGGAAAACCGAGUGACUAAGAUCGAAUUUCAGUCUUUCCUUCUCGGCGAUGAUAUUGUCUAAUUUUUUGUAGUGAUUGUGGUUUUGUUGUUGCUGUUCCUAAGGCAUUCGAUUGAAUUUCAUUCGCUACCAUCGCUAUCCCCUAUUAGGAACGGAUAGGAAAUAAGCAAACGGACGCCAUUGGAGAAGCUCACAAGUGUUUGGCGGCCGCCAGCGUGAUUCUUUCUCCCAGAAGAAAUAGAGGGACGGAAAAUAAUCGACAAUGGCGAACAGUAAAUACGAGUACGUGAAGUCGUUUGAAGUCCAAGAUGAGGUGAUGUUUCCCAAUCUGAUAGUUGCGCGAAUCGACGGCCGUGAUUUCCGACGGUUUUCUGAAGUUCAUGAGUUUGUGAAACCGAAUGAUGAGGUGGCUCUGAAUUUGAUGAACUCGUGUUCAACUUCCAUGUUAGAGGAGUUUCCGGACAUAGUUUUUGCAUAUGGAUACAGUGAUGAGUAUAGUUUUGCUAUGAAGAAGUCAACAAGGUUCUAUCAGAGGCGUGCAAGCAAAAUUCAGUCUCUUUUUGUUUCCUUUUUCACUUCCAUAUAUGUUACUAAAUGGAAAGAAUUCUUCCCUCAUAAGGAGUUGAUAUAUCCGCCUUCUUUUCGUGCUCGGGUAAUGUCCUGUGCAUCAAUAGGAGUUCUUCAAGCAUAUCUUUUGUGGAGGCAAAAUAAUUGUCAUAUGAACAACCAGCAUACCAUAUGCGUACAUGAGCUGGUUAAGCAUGGAAAGACUGAGACAGAAGCACAAGAGUUUUUGAAGGGGACCCGGAAAAGGGAGAAACAUGACCUCCUCUUUGAACAGUUUGGUAUCAACUAUGAAAAAUUACCUGUUAUUGUCCGUCAAGGAUCUGCCAUAUUGAAAACUAAGGUGGAAGACAUUGUGAAGUAUGACGAAAAUGGAGCUCCGGUUAAGAGACUUAGGAGAAAGGCAGGAAUCGUUCACUCAAAGAAUAUAGCUGGCAAAAGCUUUUGGAAUGAGCAUGUUGAUCUUCUGAAGGAGCUCGGUAGUUUUGUGGAUGACGUUGGAAAGGUUGAACCAGAUUAUAUUAGGUCAUUCCAGUUUGAAGCGAAGUUGUUGCCAUCUACUUGGAUUGUUAUUAGAAUUGAUGGCUGCCAUUUCCAUAGGUUUUCUGAAGUUCAUGAAUUUAUUAAGCCCAAUGAUGAGCGAGCUCUCAAUCUUAUGAACUCAUGUGCAGUGGCUGUAUUAAAAGAGUUUCGAGACAUAGUGUUUGCCUACGGUGUCAGUGACGAGUACAGCUUCAUCGUGAAGAAGGAUUCUCAGUUUUAUCAAAGACGAGCAAGUGACAUAGUAACCACUGUUGCGUCAUUCUUCGCUUCGAUGUAUGUGAUCAACUGGCAAGAAUUUUUCCAGCAGAAAGAGUUAAAGUACCUGCCUUCUUUUGAUGGACGUGCUGUGUGCUACCCGUCUUCUGAAAUUCUUCGGGACUAUCUGGCAUGGAGACAAGUUGAUUGCCACAUCAAUAACCAAUAUAAUACUUGUUUCUGGGAGCUUGUUAAGUCUGGAAAAGGCAAAAGUGAAGCUCAGCACUACUUAAAGGGUACUCAAUCGGCAGAGAAAAAUGAAUUGCUUAAACAAUUUGGUAUCCUUGACUACAACACAUUACCAGUAAUGUUCCGCCAGGGUUCCUCCGUCUUCUGGGACAAGGAGGAUAAUGUUUUGAAACACGAGGAAGAAUUAUCUACAGAAACUUCUCCAAAGAAAGUUGUGGCAAGACAUUGCAAUAUAAUUGAAGAAAGCUUUUGGAGGUCCCAUCCAAGCAUACUUAACGAGAAGCGGGAGAUUCUAUGAACUCUAAGCAAUUGCAUUGAGUUUUUCCUUUCGCUAACGAGUCACAUUUUUCCUUUUGCCAUAACUUUUCUGUUGUUUUCAUCAUAAUAACUUUAUGUCCUCUGUAACCUUUUUGGAUCAAAAUGCCCUCCACCAAAUCACGUCAAACCCAAGGGGCAAAAUUGUGAGAAUAACAUCAAACCAAAGAGCUAAGUUAAGUGUGAUACAUUUCUCUCUCUCUCUCUCUACUUUUUUAUUUUUUUAUUUUUUUAUUUUUUAUGAUACCAACCAUACUUAUUUUUUUCUACCCGCAUGAAUGUUAG